UGCAUAAACUCCUUUUCGCAUUGACGUUUCCAAUCGUGGAUAAGAAAAUCUCUCUAAGUUCCUGCUUCUCGCUGUUCCAGAUCCUCCCAGAAGAGUAAAUAACCAGGAAAAAUGUCUGAACGGAAGGUUCUUAAUAAAUACUACCCACCGGACUUCGAUCCGUCGAAGAUUCCGCGAAUGAAGCUGGCCAAGAAUCGGCAGUACACUGUCCGAUUGAUGGCCCCCUUCAAUAUGCGCUGCGUCACAUGUGGGGAAUACAUCUACAAAGGGAAGAAAUUCAAUGCCCGGAAGGAGGAUGUUGAGAAUGAGACGUACCUGGGAAUACGAAUCUACAGAUUCUACAUAAAGUGUACACGAUGCCUCCAGGAGAUUUCCUUCAAGACAGACCCAAAGAACACUGAUUAUGAAAUUGAAGCGGGUGCCACGAGGAAUUUCAUGGCUCUCAAGCUAGCGGAGGAGCAGGCACGGAAGGAGGAGGAAGAACAGCGUGAAGAGGAGGCAAAUAACCCAAUGAAAUUGCUUGAGAAUCGCACGCAACAGUCAAGGAAUGAAAUUGAAUUGCUGGAAUCCCUGGAGGAGCUUCGGGAUCUCAAUAGGAGACAACAGACAAUUGACUACGAUCAAAUGCUCCAGCAGUAUGAUACAACAGAGACAGCCAGGGAGAGGGAAGAACGUCUUGCGCGUCUCGAUGAGGAAUACAUCAAAACAGUCAGCUUUGGCUCCUCAUCGUCCGCUGCAAAAGUUGUUGCGCAAGAGGAAGUUGUGGAGACAAUUGAUCUCGCCAAGCAGUCACUUCCGAAGCACGAAGAACGCCGAGUUGAGCCACCAAAAGCCCCCCCAGCCACUGGGAAUCGUCUCAAAAUGCAAAAUCUCAUUCGAAGGAAAGAAACUCCAGGUCCGGAAGCAAAGAAACCCGCCUCAACGGGUGGUUUGAGUCUCCUUUCUGCGUACUCUGACAGUGAAUCCAACUCUGAUUGAUUUCUGCAACAGCUUUCAUCCCACAUUCACUUCAAUCAAGGUAAGCUGCUGUUUGAGGAUGAUUCCGGAACAUUCCCAUUCUUCGGGAAGUUUUUCUUUGUUAAUAAAAUCUUUUAAAAAGAAUUUAUUGUGCAAAAAAAAUGCAAGAUUUUUAUUGAAUUUAAUUAAUUUUGGAAGAAUUUUA